UCAGUGGUGAAUUUUACAGUUCAGAAGUUUACAGCUUUAUGUGUGAAUUAUAUUUAUAGUUAUUAUUGCAUUAUGGUUGAAAGCACUGUUUUUCAACACCUGGAAACCACGCUUCAGGAAUUUUUGAUGCCUUUGGGUUUCGAGGUGUGGCCGUUCAAGGUUGGCUGGUACAAUGCUGUCCUUCAUUCCACCUUUUAUUUACCAUAUCCUGAAGACACUUUGGCUUUUAUUGUGCUUAGUGCACCACAGAUGUUUGAAAAAGCCUUCAAGCCUUUCUUGCAGAAAAAGUUGUUCAAAAAUGUAAAGGAUCCCAUUGAUGAGUGUGUUUCUCAUUACUUCACUGUACUGAAGCAGAAUUUAAAAGACCUAAAUGUUGACAUCAUUUAUGAUCAUGAACUCCAGCCAAACCGUAAGCCAAAGGUUUUAGUACAGACAGCUGCCCAUGUGGCUGGAGCUGCUUACUACUAUCAGAGGAAAGAUGUGAAAAAUGACCCCUGGGGGGAAAAGAAAAUAUAUGGAGUGUGUAUCCAUCCCCGCUAUGGAGGCUGGUUUGCAAUGCGGGGAGUUCUGAUAUUUCCAGACAUUUUAGUGCCAUCUCUACAGCAGAAGGACCCUGUGGACUGCUUGUCUUCAGAUAAUAAGAUUAUUCAGGUCCUGGAAAACUUUAAUUUCCAUUGGCAGGACUGGACCUACAGAGAUAUCAUUGACGUAGAGGAAAGGUACUCUGAAGAGCAGAAAAAAUAUUUUUCUACACCUCCUAAGGAAAGAUUGCCAUUACUGGAACAGAUGGUGGAUUUAAGAGUGCCCUUCCUACUGAAGAUAAUGACCAGCAAGUAGCAUCUGUAGUUUUGAAAGUUGCUACAACAUGAUGUAGAAACUAAAAACAAUUGCUGAAAAUUAGAAUAAGAAAACAGCAGAACAUUUUACUUCUGAAAAAUGGUACUAUUGACAGUAGUCAUGCAAGAUGUAAAAAUUGUGUUAACUGUCAUUUUUUAAUGUACAAUGUUUCAUCAUCACCUUUAACUGCCAAAGAUUUUGUCUAACGUCUAUGUUAAGUUGUCAAUCUCGCCUUCAUUCUUGCUGGAUGGGUCCGGAGCCGAUCCUCGGC